UAGAAACGAGCGCACGCAUCGCGGAGAUGCGCGUGGAGUUGUCCGACUUAAAGGAAUAAUUCGCUUGAUAGCGCUUCGCAUUACAAAUAUAUUUUACCGUCUUUCAUGACUUGAGAGUACAUAUAUGCCUUCAAUGUUCUGAGUGAUCAGAUACGUCCAAUGGUCUGUGUGAAAUCAUCAGUCGCUUUAAGAUGACCGAGGAGAACUAAAAGGCAUCCUGGCACAACCUCAAGGUUUCUACUUGUCCGUCUCCUGCCUGCGCUCCUCUAUGGGUUCCAGAAGUCAUGGGUUUUUCCACCAUCCUGAUCACCAUCACCACCAUCACCGUAGUUCAGUGGUACCCACCACUGUUCCCCGACUGAUGCACGAAACCAGCAGCCUGUUGGGAGGCAUCGCCCAGAUCACCCCUUCCUUGUUCCUAAGCCGCGGGAAUGUGGCGUCAAACCGCAGUCUCCUCCUGUCCAAGGGAAUUACCUGUGUGGUGAACGCCACCAUCGAGCUGCCCAACUUUAACUGGCCGCACAUGGAGUAUGUGAAGGUACCGUUGGCAGACAUGCCUCAUUCUCCAAUCGCGCUUUAUUUCGACAGCGUGGCAGAUAAGAUCCACAGCGUGGGCCGCAAAAGGGGAGCUGUGCUGGUGCAUUGCGCGGCUGGCGUGAGCCGCUCCGCCUCGCUCUGCUUGGCUUACCUCAUGAAGUACCACAGGGUUUCUCUUGCUGAGGCACAUGCAUGGGUCAAAGCCCGUCGGCCGAUUAUUCGCCCUAAUGGAGGAUUCUGGAGGCAGCUCAUCGAGUACGAGAGGAAACUGUUUGGAAGGAACUCUGUGAAAAUGAUCCAGACGCCAUACGGGGUCAUCCCCGAUGUGUACGAGAGGGACCGCAGAAACCUUGCACCUUAUUGGGGCUUGUGAAGGAUUUAGUUUGAGCGUAGAGGAUACAGGAGGAGAAUCAACUGGUCCAGCGAACCAUCUUUGACCCCGUUGUAUUCCGGCCUCUAGAGAUGCAUGUCCUUUCAGCCAGAGUAUCAAGUGAGAUGAGUGUUCGUGUCUGUUUUGAAGAGGGAAGACGUCAUUGUGAGUCAUUUUUGUGAGGUCAGAAGUGAAAGUUCAAAGGUCAUUGUUCAAAAUGUUGAGAUGUUGAAUCUCUGAGAUUUUAAAGUUUUGGGAACACUUUGGAACUGCCGAGAAUCAUGAGUUUAUGGUUGAGAUUUACCCCACGUGAAUAUUGUGCUUAUUGUUCAAUUUAGCUGUCGUCUUUGUUGCGAGACAGCAGUUUGCCCUUGAUUACUAGUAGCAUUUGAUCAAAAUAUAUUAUUGUAUUACGAUGUGUAUUAAAACUGUGUAGAAAUGACAAAGUUACUUUGACAACAGAUAUAAUAGUUUUAAAAGGUAUAUAAGAGAACCUCAAAACCGUUUAACACUUUGCAACGUUGUAAGUUUAACAGAUUUGUAAAUAACUUGUGUAUAUUGGCAGAAUUUUAUUGAAUAUAACAAACUUUAUCUAUAAAGGACAGUGUUGGGCUACAGCAGCGCAUAAUAGACAUUUCAGCAUUCUGAUAACUUUGAGAUGUUUCUUCUUAAGAGACCAACAAAUAUAACUGUCAUAUUUUCAAUGAUUUAGAUUUUAUAUUUUGUCUAUUUGCUAUUUUCCAAUGUUUUUUUAUUUUUUUAAUUAAGAUGUUUCUUUCAGAAAAGACUUCAUUCAGUCAUGUUAACCAGUUCUGUCACAGGCAUUUUACUAAUUCACGUAAAUAUCUACACUAACAAAAGUGUCCAAUUUGAUUAGUGUGUUCAAAUUAAUAAAAGAUGAAAUAUUUUAA